AUGUCAACGAGCUUGGGGGAGUACUAUGACAGCCCCGAAUACAUCGAUUCCGGCAGCUUUGGGAAGGUCUACAGGGCAUACUCUAAAGAUACAGGCGAGCUAGUGGCAGUAAAGGAGAUAGAUCUAUACUAUUUGACAGACAAUCUCCUCGACAAGAUAGAGCAGGAAUUCAGCACGGCGCAGAAGCUCGAUCAUCCAAAUAUCUUGAAAUACAAAACUAUACGUAAAGAUGAAUACUAUUAUCUUUUGGAGAUGGAGCUCUGCGACCAGUCCUUGGAAGAUGUCAUCCGGUCGCAACGCUAUUUGGGGUACCCUUUUCAGGAGCCGUACAUUUGGUAUGUGAUAGGGCAGAUUGUCAAUGGUUUGGCUUAUAUGCACAGCCAAUCCAUCACCAGCAGCACAAUUGUUCAUAGAGACCUAAAGCCGGGGAACAUUCUGUUUACUGACACACACAUAAAGCUGGGAGACUUUGGGCUUGCCCGAGAAACAAGCGGCAAGUCUCGAAUGACAACGUGCACGGGGACCCCUGUGUACAUGGCCCCAGAGGUUCAGCGAGGAGACUUUUACGGAACUGCUGCAGACAUCUGGUCCUUAGGGUGCAUCAUCCUGGAGAUCUGUACACUUAAACCAAUUCCUUGGAGUACUGAACACCUCAAGGACAACCCACAAAUCACAAUUGAUACCACGUAUUACUCAGAGGACCUGGCCACGCUGAUCAGAUCAUGCCUUCAGCUGGACAGCAAUGCUAGACCAACUGCAGAGGAGAUACUUAGUCAUCCACAGGUGGUUAAUGUGCAGCGAAACACGGCUUUUCUAACUGAUGACCCUGCCCAGACAGUGGAAGCAUCUUCACCCACCGAGCAACCAUACACUCAAAAGCCUGAGAACUGGUUGGAAGAAAUGGAUGUAGAGACUGACAAUAAAGCUUCUUCUGUGGAUACAAAUUUGGAGGAGCCUUGUCCAAACGAUGCCAGAGAGCAAGACAGCAUUAAAACUACAAUACAGUCCACCCGUGUAAGAAAGGAUGCUGUUCUGCACCCGUCAAAAACAUCUUUGAUAGAGUCCGUAGAAAGGAACUUAUAUAAUGAUAUACCAAGGUACAUUAACGAAGCCGGAAUGCAGUGCAUAUCGCCAGUAAAGCUUAUCACAAAAGACAAAAAGCAAAGUAUUUCUAUUGAAGGAGCCAGCGCCUUAAUGGUAGCUGCCUGGUAUGGGUUCAGCGAUUGCGUUGAGCUCCUCGCUGAAUAUGAGGCAGGCUUAGUAGAUAGUGAGGGGACAUCGGCUCUUAUGCUGGCCGCUCAACAAGACAACGAAAACGUCGUCGAGCAGUUACUUGAGUUCGAGGCAGGUAUGCAAAAUAGGCAAGGUAGAACAGCUAUGAUGUUUGCCGCCCAGUACAAUAGCUCUAAGUGUACGUCAUUAUUAGCACAAUAUGAAGCUGGCAUGAGGCUUUGUAGCGGAAGCACUGCUUUAAUGAUAGCAGCAGAGUGUGGGCAUAGUGAGAUUGUCCAGCUACUACUCAAACAUGAGGCUGGUUUGCAAAAGGCUAACGGGUGGACAGCCCUUAUGUCUGCGACUCAGCGUGGGCAUAGCAAUAUUAUGAGGAUCCUCGCAGCCAAAGAAGUAGCCAUUUGCACUGCUACAGGGCAAACAGCUCUCAUGGUGGCUGCCAUGAAUGGCCAGGAAAAGGCCGCCCAGAUCCUCAAGAAGGAACUGAGCGGGAAGCAAACGAAAGAGGGCCUGACGGCACUCAUGUAUGCAGCCCAGUGGAAUUACCCGGAGAUUGUCAAGGUUCUUGCUUCAGUUGAAUGUAACUUGGUGGCUAGCGAUGGCCGCCGUGCGGUACAGUUUGCUGCAGAGUGGGGGUGUCUCGCUUGUGUUGACAUGCUCAUGGACUAUGAGGGAGACCAAGCAAAGCUUACCAAUCUUAUGAUUGCUGCAUUGAAGAACGAUAUUCGCGCUGCAAAAAGAUACAUACAAGCAGGUCAGCUCUGUGGUAAGGAUUCCAUUGGGACCACAGCGUUAAUGUACGCUGGAAUGGUCAACUCCUGUGCAGUUGCUGCAUUGCUCCUCAGUGCGGAGACAGGGCAGUUGGACAAAACAGGGUACUCAUCUUUGAUGCACGCUGUAGCACACGGAAAUGUUCAGUUUGCACGAAUGUUAGUCCCAUACGAGGGAACCCUGGCAUCUAAGGCGGGUCGAACAGCCGUAGAUAUUGCCCGUGAAAUGGAGUAUGCGUCCCCUCAAGUACGUGAUGAAAUUAUCGCUUGCCUUGGGGCCGAGCCCUCUGUCGGGACAGACAACCCCAAGCCCAAAAAAUAUUAA